UUCGUUCGAAGCGCACAUCGACUCAGUGUUUUUGUCUUUCAAACUCUCUCGAUCUCCCGUCACCUGAUUUUUUCUUCCUACUUUCCGAAAGUGUAUGGGCUGUGUACAAUAGAACCAACUAAAAAAAAUCUCAACAGCUGAACGACGUCUGGAUUAAAAAGACGAAUACAAUUGUACACCAGACCUCACUGAGUUACCGGUGGAAAAAAUAAAAAUGACGUCGAUCCGUUGACAUUAUCAAUUCAGGUGUCAGGAUGCGUUGGUUUAAGGGCAACGCCGAGGCACCGAGACUACUCAGCCUUAGUCCACUGCGUGGCGAUGACGACAUCGAGGGUGAAUCGCUGCACUUCCACGGGACAGCAGGAACACGAGACAUGUCUCCAGUUCGAUGGUCACGUAGGAAGUCCUCGGGCUCCGAGUCAGAGAGAAACUGCUACAACGUACAAACGUCCCAGGUGACAACGGAGAAGUGUCCAAGCAAGAAGGACAAGAAGAAAAUUCAAGAGGAACGUAGGAGAUCAUGCGAGAAGAGAAAUCCACUGUUGGACAGGGUCAAGAAUACCAGACUGAGUUUCUUCAAGGACAAAUUGCCGGAUGAUGACUUUGAGGAAGAUGAAAAGUCUCACUUUCGAUCAAUGUGCGACCUUGACAAACGCAACUUGAUGAGAAGUGACUUCAGAAGAUCGGUGUGUGAGAUUGAUUUGAAAAAAAUAACGGAGGAGGAGAAGACGCAGGCUAAGAGAAAAAGAAGAUCAAAGUCGCAUACCCGAGUGCCUUCCCGUAAGAAUCUAGACGAGAGAUUCAGCUUUUUGGGUUUCGGCUCCUCCCCAUCGCCGAAAUCCUGCUGGUCCAAGGAGGACUCGGAGAGUCCGAGAGCGAGGAAAAGUUUUCACGGACACAAGAGUCCGUCAGAUAUCUGUGAACCCCGCGCAACAAUGGACCUGAUAGAGACAGAAGAAUCCGAGCCCCAACUGGAAGGAUCCCAGUUUGACAGUGUAACGCCAUCGAGCUGCUUGGCAGCUAAAUUCCGAGCGAUGCAGGAUCGUUACCUGAAGUCCUCGACCAACAGAUUGAUAGCAAAAAUCUACAGACGAGAUGGUAAAGACAGAGAUAAACGUAGGCUCCGUAGUUUCUCUUAUGGAACCCUACCGGGCUUGGAUGAACUACGUACAAAUCCACUGUUCGAAGAUCAAGAUCAGGACGAUAAUGACUCUGGUAUUCUCGAUAAUGGUUCGGCAACGAGUUCGCUCCUCGACGAUAGAUGCAGCAGUGGAGCUUCUGGCCUGAUCACAAACAUGACCAGUGAUUCGUUGCCCCCGCAGCUACCACCGAGAAAGCCAACGUCAUCCAUCACAGAUUUAACUCGUGGUACACAGGGAUACCUGGGCACAAGUCCAGAUCUAGAGACGCCAAUCGUUAGAAAAUCGAGCACUGAUUUAUCUAAGCAUCAUGCAAGGAUGAUGGUGCAUAAUGCGUGCUUGGGAAUUGAAAAGAAUCCUUUGGCUUGUCUCAGCCAAGCGACUAAUGAUGAAGUCAUUCAGCAUGUGGAGACGAGGGAGGAUUCAUCGAGGCUGAAAGAGGAUAGGAAGAGUAAACGCUUGUCUGUGGUGAGGUCUCGGUCCUACACCACUGAGACUAUGGUGGUGAAACUUCCUAGGGAGACUGUGGACCAAUCUCUGGGAAUUUUCAUCGCGAAAACUGCGGAGAGCAGUCCUGGGUAUCUCGUGGCGCACGUGGUGCCGAAUGGACUUGCUGAUAAGGAAGGAACCUUGAAGAUUGGGGAUGAGAUUUUGAUAGUCAACGGUAAGAGGCUCAGGGGGCUGGACAUGGGGGAGGCUAGGAAGGCGCUUGGCAGCGGGAGUGCUCCCGGGGAAGUGGAUAUUGUCAUAUCCAGGUACACGAGUAUCGAUCCCCCGAAAAGAUUGAAAGAGAGCAGCGUAGAUUACGAGAAUGUCAGCAUGGAGCAGGGACACGGGGUGAUUGUGGAGAAUGCAAGCUCGCCAAAGUCUCACUUCAGGAAACAUCACUCCAGGCAUCAUCGGGAUAGGAAGAGUGGUUCGAAUCGCUCCAUCUCUCCUGAGAAGAGCAGUUCGAUCGAGGGAACACCACCAACGGUUUCGAAUUUUUGCACUCUCCCACGAAGACCACGCAGCUCGGCGUCUUCGUUUCACACGGUUGUCUUUGAAAAAGGCCCUGGUAAAAAAUCUCUGGGCUUCACCAUAGUCGGGGGAAGGGACAGCCCCAAAGGAAGCAUCGGCAUCUUCAUUAAGUCAGUAUUGCCCGGUGGCCAGGCUGCUGAGGAUGGACGAUUGCGGGCGGGGGAUGAAAUUCUGGCGGUCAAUGGACAGGUUUCUCACGAUCUCACGCAUCGCGAAGCUGUACAAUUGUUCCGCAGCAUCAAGAGUGGUCCACUUGCACUGCAUUUGUGUAGGAGAGUCAAGCAACGGGAUGUUCAGAUCACCAAGGCCAAAUCCUGUGCGGAUCUUCUCCUAGUUGACUCUUAAUUCAAUUAUUCGAGAUUACGGAGAUAAAGAAAGUUAUAACAAAAUUGUAAAUACUGUACAUUUGCCGAAUUCAUCGGAUAUGUUAUUUAAUGUGAAAUAUAUUAUAGAUAAUUAUUGGAAUUCUACAAAAUUACAA